AUGGAACCCAGUUCAAAUUUUCCCAAGACUAUUCGAAUUAUAUACACUGAUCCCUACGCUACAGAUUCGUCCAGCAACGAAGAAGAAGAGCAAGAGAUGAAGAAAACCAGGAAUCAAAUUCUGGGAUUCAGGCGAUUUGUCAAGGAGAUUACUUUUUGUGUGGUUCCCUUCAAUUCGUCGAAAAACGAUGGUCAAAGACUUCAAAACUCUUGCACCAUGCCGAAGGGUGUUCGACGAAGGCCUUGGGGCAAAUUUGCUGAGGAAAUUAGAGAUCCUUUCACCAAGAAACGUAUAUGGCUUGGUACUUUCGACACUGAAGAGGAAGCCGCUGCUGCUCAUCGGGCCAAGGAACGCGAAUUCCAGAUGAUGAAGGCGACCAUGGAUAAUAACAACUCAUCGGUUGUUCCGUCGUGUCUUUCGCCGACGCUCGAUGUUUCGGCCAAUGCCCUUGAAGUGGAAGGCAACAGUGAAGAGGAAACAAGAUACGUAGUGCAGAAAGUAGCAAAAGAACACAAAUUUGUUCAAGAAUGCAAAACUAAUGUUCACAAAGGAGUCUCCGUUAAAGAUUUGUGGAAGGACGAGGCAUCGGUUAUGGUGUUGUGGGAACUUCCAUCGGCUUCAGAAUCAUGGGAGGAUCUCUUCGGACGGUGUUGUCUCGAUAAUCGUAUGUAUAAUCUUAACAACCAUCUUUUAUCGAACGACGACGGCGUCGACCACCACCCGGAGAAUGCUAAGUUGAUUGAGUUGCCUGACAUGAAAAUAGACGAUGAGAAAAUUGCUUGGGUGGAUGAAAUUAUAAAACAUGGGAAGUGA